AUGGCCAAACCCUCCAAGCUUGAGCAUGUCACAAAAGUCGUUGACCCUCAAGAGCUGUAUGGAGUCAUCACUCAAGCGUCGUCCCAAAAUCCCGCUGAAGUCCACGCGUCGAGUAAACGCGUCGAAGAGUUGUUGAACUACUUUGGGACUUUCGAUGGUUUACAUGAGAUCGCCGCCACCCGAUCAGUGCCGCUGCCCGUGAGGAAGCAAAGCAUUAUUCAAUUCAAAAACAAGGCAUUGAAUCACUGGAGAUCACGAAAACUUUUAUCAGAUGAACAACGAGUGAGAAUCCGGUCACGAUGUAUGACUUUCUUCGACGAGGAAGAUGAUACGAUUGUGGAGUGUAACGAAGUGAUUGUCGCGAAGAUUGCUCGACAAGAUUACCCCACGCACUGGCCUUCCCUGCUAGCCGAUAUCAUGGACGUCAUUCGCGCAAAUCUUGAAGUCUUCUGUGGUUCUCCUAACGACAACCCGCGGUCAACUCUUGCUCUUCGCAGGGGUCUUGCGCUUCUUAACAGUGUCCUGAAAGAGUUCAGCGGCGUCAAGCUACCAGCUGGCGUUAAAACGAUGAUCAUCGAUCAACUGCACGAAGAGAUGUUUGCUUACUACUCCAAACUGUCGUCAAUGAUUUCCGCACUCGUGCCGCUAGCGCUUAGUGAUCAGCGCACCGCUGACAAUCUCAUUGUAGCUCAUUUCAUCUACAAGUGUCUCGUAAAGAUGGCUCUAUGGUUCUGGCCUAGACUCUCUCAGCCUGACAGCGGGUACGCGAAACUCGAACCCUGGCUUUUCCAGAGUUCAACCGGACAAUUGAAGAUACUGUCUGAACUUCGAAUCAACCUCGUUCUUGCCUUAAGAGCAUCCGGAACAUCAGACCGUCUCACGCUUUUGUCCAUUGACAGACUGACCCGUCAUGUCCGCGUUUUUGGGAAAUUUUUCCGCAGACUACAACAACUUAAACCCGACAAAUUUGUUCAGCUUCCGACAGGUAACGAAAUUGUGCUUUACUAUUGGGAUAGAGUUGUGCAAGCUACCAAUGGUCCGCCAGAGCUAAUUCAAGACGCUCCGACGGCGGUUUUCCCGGUGCGCUUUCUUCUCCAGGCCAUGGUCCUGUUCAAGGAGAAUCUCUCGAAAUGGACGCCGUUUCGUAAAGGUGGCCCAAAAACCGAGACUAGUAUUGACUGUCUUUGGGACUUGUGGUCUUGUGCUGAUGAGAGUCGCCUAGCUCUUUCGCAAGAGUUUGUCGAGGAUGCCGUCCGGCUUCUCGUGACACGUUUCAUCCCCUUGAACCUGGCAGACCUCGAGGGUUGGAUGUCCGAUCCAGAAGAGUGGGUCAAUGUAGAAGACAAAGAAAACGAUCAAUGGGAGUAUGAAUUGCGACCAUGCGGUGAACGCGUCUUAAUGACCCUUUCAUCGCAAUACAAGGUUUAUGUCACGCCACUACUUGAGACAACCUUCAAACAGAUAAUCGCGCAACCAACGGUUGAUUCGGCAAGUGUCAUACAAAAAGAAGCUCUCUAUCCAAUCAUUAAGCGCCGUAUAGCAUGGCUUAUUGGAAAAUGGAUCAGCGACAUGUGCUCACCGGCCAACGAUCCGAAUGUUUGGGAAAUUUUGAUUCAUUUGCUGCGAGACAGAGGUCCCGGCACGGAUUCUGUUGUUCGUUUGACGGCCGCUACAGCCUUGCGGGAGUGUGUCGAUACUGUUCAGUUUGACAUCGAUGUCUUCGCACCCUACUUGCCCACUGCGGUUACUGAACUUGUGAAGCUUAUGGGUGAGGCGGACACAAUGGAAGCGAAACAGCGUCUAGCCAAGAGUCUCAACGUGGUGAUCGAAUGUGCGGGUCCUCGACAUGGUUUAGGGACUGCUGCGGGUGAGGAGUGGUUAUUCAAAGCUCAACUCUUAGUGGUCGUGACAAGUCUAGUCUCGGUGAGUUUUUCACAUCACAAUACCAGUGAUGCUCAUGUACUACAGGCAAUGAAAGAACAUUCGUCUUUAAAUGCAAAGGUUGCCAUUAACCUCGAUGAAGAUGCGCUUAAUCUUUGGCUUGCUGCUGUACGCAACUCAUCGUCGUUGGGCUAUGCUGGUGGACCCGGUCUCAUCGACCUGGUCCCUCUAGCAGUCUCUUUGUUGUCGGACAAUCUAGAUUUGCUUGGCAAAAUAGUGUCUAUAGUCGAGUCGUACUUGUUUGUCGACGCUCCUGCCAUCUUGCAGAGCUUUUCCCAACCGCUAAUGAAUGCUUUUGUGAAAGCGCUUACAGGACAGGCCAUAAUGACUAAUCAGAAAGACAUACUGGUUUGCCUCCAAUUCCUAACUCAAUUGGCGCCCGCUACGCUUUGGGGCCAAGCUAUGCAUUUUGCUGGUUUGUUUAGUCACAUUGUCAACCUUCUGAAUCACGACGAGAGCUCUUCAAUUCUGCUCACCGAAUGCAUAUAUCUGCUUGCCAGGAUUGCCCUAGCAGACAGACAGAUGUUUUUGCAGCUUGUAUCAGCAACAGCGGAGACUGCGAAUCUUCCUGAAGCUAAAAUAUGGGAAGCAGUGCUAGAUCAUUGGUGGCGGCAGUUCGACCAUAUGUCAGAGCCUCGCCAUCGCAAACUAGCUGCUCUGGGCAUUGCAUCCCUAGUAUCAACCGGUCGUCCUGAAGUGCUUGAUCGCUUACCGAACGAGAUUUUCAACCUCUGGACAGACGUAUUCUUUGAGGUCAAAGAGAGCAGAAGCUUGGCUGAAAAUGAGGAUGCCGGCCCCUUGACACUUCACUGGGACCUUGAUCAGGUGCCGCAGUCGUACUAUGCAGAUUCUGAAACCACCGUCGAGUUUGAUCGUCGAAAAAUGUUCCUGGACAACGAUCCUGUUCGCACUACACAGCUCACUAAUUAUGUGGCUGCAGCAUUACAGGAAGCCGAGCGCAACUGCGGGGGGAUUCAUAUCUUCAAUCAGUAUAUAAACAAGACAGAUCCCACUUUGCUCAAGCAACUCCAAAAUGAACUUCAGACAUAG